AUGAAGUUGUACUGGUUAUCUUUGUUGAGUGCACUCUUGUUCAGCUUAGUAGUAACAGCCAAAGAGGACAACCUGGAACAAACUGCAAUCCCCUUUAGAUUAAGCGAAGUAGGUGUCCAAUACACCCCAGAGCUGGGAAGUGAGUUCGAGGUUAAGGUCAACAGCAAGGAAUUGAUUGAACUCUUGAGCUUGCAGAAGUACAAUCUCAAGACUAGAGACAUUUUGAACGAUGUAGCAUUUCCCUUGGAAAAAAAUACCACUGAAGGCAUCGUAAGUUUAGAAAUUGUAGUAGGCGAACAGGUUUAUCCAGUUUUUGAAAAUGGCACUUUGAAAGGAUUUCUCGGCAAGGACGCACGCAAGCUGUUGAAACAAAGUAGAAGAAAACCUAAGGUUUCGUCCCAAUGGUUGUUCAAGGGAUUGACUACCUUGGCUUUGGGCUACAUUAUUCUCAGAGCCGGUAGUGCUCUUUUGGAAACCAAGUCAAUUGACCUGACUUUGGUGGAAAUCAAGGAUGCUGUUGUGGACGAAAUUCUUUUCGUGUGGGAUAUGUUCUACGAGUUGUUUGAGGGCAUCCGGAAGUUGAUCUUCAAGUAA